GGCUUUAUCGCCGACGUCCGUCGUCCUCCCUUCCACGGCCAAAUCGAAGGGUGUGUUCUAUCUUACGCCAUGGCGGAAGAGAAGUACAACCUGAAGAACCUAGCGGUGAAGAGGAUCCUUCAGGAGGUGAAGGAGAUGCAAGCAAACCCUUCCGAUAUAUUUGAGUGGCAGUUCGCGGUCAGAGGUCCCCGUGACACAGAGUUCGAGGGAGGAAUCUAUCACAGACGGAUCCAAUUGCCAGCAGAAUAUCCAUUCCAACCUCCUGCAUUUAUGCUGUUAACUCCUAAUGGUCAUUUUGAAACACAAACGAAGAUUUGUCUAAGCAUAUCCAAUCAUCAUCCGGAGCAUUGGCAGCCAUCUUGGAGCGUGAGAACUGCUUUGGUAGCAUUGAUUGCAUUCAUGCCCACCAACCCAGAUGGUGUACUGGGCUCAUUGGAUUACAAGAAGGAAGAAAGACGUGCAUUAGCCAUCAAAUUUCGUGAAGCAGCCCCCAGAUUUGGAACUCCAGAACGUCAGAAAUUGAUUGAUGAGAUUCACCAGUGUAUGUUAAGCAAGGCACCACCAAUUCCGCAAUUAAAUGCCCCGCAGGCCUCGAAUGAAGAAGAAUCAACCGAGAAAGAAGCAGAGGCAGAGGUUAGCCCGCAAAAUUUUGGAGUGCAAAGCUUGUCCUUUGGCAGCGCCUAA